AUGACCAUCUUUCGCCAAUACACCCGUGAUGCCUCAUUCACAAAGGUCACUGAGCUCCCUUUUGAGGUGGAUAAAUUCCAAGUGGCUCUGCUAUUUGCAAUAGACUCCAACUGCAACGGUCCAUCACCACCCGAUGGAAACUUCACCCCUUCUUGGGAUACAAACAAGGUUACUCCCAAUGUGAUCUCUACUUUCAAGGCAAAAGAACUCCCUUUUCAAGUUGAGUUUCUUGUGUGCAUAGGAGACCAAGAUGAAAAAUACUCUUUUGCAACCAACGCUAGUCAGAGAGAUUUGUGGGUCAGAAAUGCUACUUCCUCACUCAAAAAGAUCAUUGAUGACUACCACCUUGAUGGGAUCGAUGUUUACCAUGAACACAUCAAUCAAGGUUCGGAUUUUGUCGAUUGCAUUGGAACUGUUAUGCAGAACCUCAAGCAAAUAAUGAAUAUCAGCACUGCUUCCAUAUCUCCCACUGCUCCUCUUAACACCGAGUUCUACAUUCCCCUAUUUAACAAGUAUCAGAACUUUAUUGAUACUGUUGUUUAUCAGUGCUAUACUGAAACUCAACCUAUUAAAGAAGCUGAAAGAUUGGUGAGUCUUUACGAGGACAUUGGUCAAUCUUAUCCGAAACAAAAACUAUUGGCAGGCCAAAGCACUUUAUCCAAGGAUUGGGGCUCGGUUCCACCAAACGUCUUCUAUAUAGCUAGCUUGUCGCUUCUUGAGAAACAAAAGAUUUCAUGA